AUGCCCAUCUCCGAGACGGAGAUUAUUCAAAUCAUUGAGAAGCGCAUUGGGAAGAAGAUCGAGCUGAAGACGCCUUCUUUUGAGACUGGCGUUAAUAAGCUUAUUAGGGCUUUGUAUGGUGGGGAGGAGAAGGGGGAUGGGGAGUUGGGGCUUGGGCUGGCGAGUGAGGGUGAUUUACGGGGUGAUCUUGUUCGGGAUACGGUUGAGCAUUUGAUUUUGUUUUAUAAUCGGCGUGGGUUGAAGGGAAGUCCGAAUGUUUUGAGGUGGCUGUUGGGGAGGGAGCCGACUUCUGUUGUGCAAGCCUUAGAGUUACCGUGUUUACUACAAGAUAGCUGCAUGUAG